AUGGUGACGGCGAAGGGUGACGCGGAAGCCACGGUGACCAGGGAGGAGAUCCCCCAUGACCAUCUCUUCAAGGUCACCGGUUUAUCUUCCACAAAUUUGGAGAAAAUGGCUCAAGAACCUGAACCAAAAGAUUUUGAAGAAGCGAUAGCAGCAGCAGGGUAUGGCAAGUUCAACAUUGCGCUAAUGCUGAUCUCCAUCCCAGCGUUCUGGAGCUCUGUGUCCGUGACCAGCUCCAUCAGCUACAUAUUCACGAGAGCACAGUGUGACAUGGGACUCAGUCUCCUGGAUAUGGGGACUAUCACCGCUAUGACUUAUGGGGGUAUGAUCUCCUCAGCGAUGCUGUGGGGAUUCCUGUCAGAUACUCUGGGGAGAAGACAGAUCAUGGUGUGGGGAUUCUUCGGUUCUGGUCUGAUUGAGAUAGCGGCUGCCAUGAGCCAGAACUUUGCUAUGUUGCUGGUCACCAGGUUCGCGAGUGGUUUCCUCUUCAACGGUCCCUUUGCAGUCCUGAUCUCGUACCUAGCAGAGUUACACAGAACGGAGUUGAGAGCCCGCGUGAUACUGCUGACCAGCCUUUUCUACACCUUCGCCAACACCACCCUGCCGCUCGUGGCCUGGGCUAUCCUCACCAAGGACUGGGAGUUCAGUCUCUUCGGAGGCAGCAUUAUAAUCCAUUCCUGGAACAUAUUCCUGUUCACGACGGCGCUGAUGCCACUCCUGACUGGACUGUUCUUCCUCUGCCUGCCAGAGAGCCCCAAGUUCCUCAUGUCCAGGGGGAGGAAUGAAGAGGCCAUGGCCGUAUUCAGGACAAUAUACAGAUUGAAUACUGGGAAACCUGCUGAAGAGUACCCGGUAAAAGUCCUAGUAGAAGAAAAGAACGAACAGCAGGGACAAGGGAUGGCAGCACUGAGAGGAGGCUAUGCGCAGCUUGCCCCACUGUUCAGACCUCCUCACGCCAAGUGGUUGUUUCUCAUCAGCACCAUACACAUGGGCUGCAUGUUCGGUUCCAACACCAUCCGUCUCUGGUACCCUCAACUGGCAGCAAUGAUUGGCAACAACGCGAAGGGUCUCUGUUCAGCCAUUGCUCCAUCCGCCACACAUGCAGUAGCUGUGGACGAGAUCUGUGUUCCUAUCGUGGCUGAUAUGCUGACAUACCUGCAAAGUGCUGCUGUCGGAGCAGGAUCUGUGCUGACCUAUGGAAUUGGAGGUGCUAUUGUCAAUAGAUGCGGUAAACGUCUAGUCUCCGGAUUCUGUGGCGUCAUCAGUGCCUGUCUGAUUAUCAUGCUGCCAUUCUUGGGUACCAGCGCGUACGCAGUGGUUGCCAUGGUAACCUCUGCGCUUGCCUUCACCUCACUCUGUGGUGCUUCGCUGUCCAGCAUCACUGUGGACUUGUUCCCGACGUCACUCAGAGUAAUGGCAAUGGCCACAUUCCUGAUGUGCGGUCGCCUGGGCACCAUCACUGGUACCGUCAUCUUCCCCGCACUCAUAGACUACGGAUGCCUCCCGCCUUUCAUUACCAUUGGCUCCGUAUUAACUGUGUGCGGCCUGGCGUGCUUCUUGCUACCAAAUACUACUCUUAAGAAAUUAGAGUAA